AUUUACUAUAGCUGUAAUUAUGGAAAAAUCUGCUAACUGCAAGUCUAAAAACAAAAAACCUGCAGCGAAAUCCAAAACUACUAAAAAAAAGAAAAGUGAUGGACCCACGUGUUCUAUGUUCUUAGCUGAACUUACCAGAAAACUCGCACAUAAAAAGAAGCCCGAUGAAGAAUGCCCUAAGAACAUUGUCCAAACAAUCAUCGAUAGCCUCACAAAUGCCUUGCCAGUCAAAUUUUCAAAGAGGCCACCUUCGAAGAAGGAAUCGCCUAUGAAAAUUGAAACUCUACAAUCUUAUGCGCCUGAACUUUUACCCAACGAUACUAUAACAGUUACACAAGCAGUUAUUAGUGAUUCCAAUAUUGUGCCUACAUUAGUUGAAGAAACAUCACGUCCUAGACCAGGAUUUAAAAUCCCAAAAAUGCCACUGAUUAGUAGUGAUGUUUUUAAGACAGCGGAUAAAAAAGGCAAUGUAGAAACAGAAGAUAUAGCAAUAAACACAGGUGGUGAACACGAUGUGGCAAGUGAGAUUGCAAAACAUGUAGGAACGCUAAGAAAGAUUUCAUUAAUAGCAGAAGAAUUUAACCAAAAAACUGCUAAAAAUUUAAAAGAAAUUGUCGAUAGUGUCCAAGAAGAUUUAUUAAAGAAGUUGGAAGAAGUAAAUGCUGAACAACGAGGUACCACAUCGAAAUCUGUAGUGUAAACAAAUUAUGACAUAGAAAAAAGAAGAAACGGAUGUCAAU